GCGAAAAUCAAAGGCGCCCGCCUGUAACUUCUACCGAUUACCGAGAAGCACCUGCAUUCAAUCCAAUUUCACACGAAUCCUUUUUUGGCACUCUGGAAGAUGGUGGAAGCUAGACGGUCUUCGAAACGGCGCCGUACAAGCGGGGAGACCCAGAAAUUCCACGAGGAACGCAAAGAAGAAGAGGAAGAACAACAGCAAUCUGCAAAAGAUGAUACCAGGAAACCGCUCACCGCCGGCUUAUCCGACAACGUUGGAAGAAACAAGUCACCUGUAAUCGUCUUCGCUCAUGGCGCCGGAGCUCCAUCUUCUUCCGAUUGGAUGAUCAGCUGGAAAAAGAUGCUUCACGAGUCAUUGAACGCUGUUGAAGUUGUAACCUUUGAUUAUCCAUACUUUGCUGGUGGGAAGAAAAAGGCUCCUCCAAAGGCAGAAAAAUUGGUCGAUUUUCACGCUGACAUUGUUAAGAAGACAAUGGAGAAAUACCCCGACCAUCCCUUGAUCUUGGCUGGGAAAUCCAUGGGUUCUAGGAUCAGCUGCAUGGUUGCUGCUGCUAGUGAUAUUGAUGUCUUCGCAAUAGUUUGUUUGGGAUACCCGCUAAAGGGGAUGAAUGGUGCACUGCGAGAUGAAACACUGUUGCUAUUGAGAGUUCCUGUCAUGUUUGUACAGGGUAACAAAGAUGGGCUUUGUCCACUGGAUAAGUUGAAUGCUGUGAGAAAGAAGAUGAAUGCAGUAAGUGAAUUGCAUGUUGUUGAAGGUGGUGAUCAUUCAUUCAAGGUUGCGAAGAAGCAUCUUCAACAGUCUGGAACUACCCAGGACGAAGCUGAACAUUGUGCUGUCCAGGCUAUUGCAACUUUUGUUGAUAGUCUUUCAGAAGCCAAGUGACAGUUUAACCCCUCAAAUGUUUUGACAUCAGGGUAUAUGUUUUUUAGGUUAUUGUCAGGCCGCUUCGGAACAAAAUUAGCAGGAGUGCUGCUAAUGUUUUGUAUGACCUUUUCUUUAUUAGUGGGAGACUCUAGGUUUAAUUGUAAGGAUGUAAAUACUAGUCAUGAUCCUUGACUGAACUCUUGAAGUUAAACUGCAAUGUCUUUUGUUGUGCUUCCUCUGUACAUUUCCAGAUUUUCUCAUCUUGGU